AUGGCCACUCCCUCUAUUCUCACCUUUGACGCUGAGGGCCGCCCGAUUAAGUUUGAAGUUUGGUUAGAUGACCUCCACCUGUUCCUCCAGAUCACUGCCAAGGACGAUGUCUCCCUGUAUGACCACACGUCAGGCGCUGCUCCCGCACCUCCCGCUACUGCUGACAGUACUGCUCGCUCCCAGUGGCAGACCCGUGAUGCUCACGCCCGCCUAGCCGUUCGCAGCCACCUGCCGUUAGAUGAGCGCGAGCACUUCGGCCAGCAUAAGACCGCUAAGGAGCUGUACGACGCAGUAGUCGCGCGCUACUCCUCCCCUGCCACUGCUGCUAUAGGCCGUCUCUCACUGCCCUACCUCUUCCCCGACCUGUCCGCCUUUGCCACUGUAGCUGACCUCAUCACCCACCUCCGUACCAGUGACCUCCGCUACCGUGCCGCGCUCCCCCCAGAUUUCCUCGCCAAGAACCCCCCCCCGAUGUACCUCACACUGUACCACCUUGUCACCCGCCUCCCUGACUCCCUUCGCACAGUCAGGGACCAGUUUCUCGCCCUCUCCCCCACUGACCUCACUGUCGACCUCCUCGAGAAGGAACUCCUAGCAGCUGAGAAGAGCAUUGUAGCUGUAGGUGCCUCUCGUGGUGACCCCCGCACCCCCUUCUUUGAGGGGUGCUCCCCCUCCCCCCUCCUCCCCUCCAUUGCAUCUGCUGCUGCUGUCGACUUCCUCGGAGCUGAGGGGGUCGGGGCCGCGUCUGCUCCUAGUGGGAGGCGCAAGGGCGGCAGGGGCAAGGGGGGCAGGGGUGGUGGAGGUGGAGGCGGGGGCGGCGGCGGUGGAGGGGGUGGGGGGGGCGGGGGUGGUGGCGGAGGUGGGAGUGGCGCGGGUGGUGGGGGGGUCACUGGCGGCACAGGGGGCAGUGGCGGCGGAGGUGGUGGGGGUGGUGGGGGCGGUGGUGGCAGUGGUGGCGGCGGUGGAGCGGGUGGCGGGCGCGGUGGAGCGGUGCAACGUGGGGGGUUCGGCGGUGGCCAGAGGAAGCAGCAGCAGCGUCCCGGCGAGACUCCCUCGCCCCAGCAGCUCCGUGAGUGGUACUCUCAGCGUGGGGGGUCUGGGGGUGGAGGUACCUGCCCGUACGUCAUCCACACAGGUGACCGCACUGGCCAGACUUGUGGGAAGUUUCACACGGCGCAGCGCUGUUUCUUUCGCCUCGAUGACGCCUGGCGCGAGCAGUUCCCAGACGCCUCUGAGCUGCCCCGCUGGGCUGAUCUGCUUAAGAAGGGAAUUGAUAUCUUUGCUCUUGAUUAUGAUGCUAUCCUUGCUGCUAUAUAUGCAUUGACUAUUAGUGUUGAGGGUGACUGUUACCUGAGUGUACCGCCUGACCCAGGUAUUGGGACCGGUGAGGCUGCAGCUCUAGGUGCUAGUGCGUCUGCUGCUCCAGGUCCUGGUGAGGCUGCUGCUCUAGGUGCUAGUGCGUCUGCGUCUGCUGGUACCGCACCUACUGAGGCACUGCACACCUUCACACUGGACUCAGGUGCUUCCCACUGUUUCUUUCGCGACCGCACUACCCUAGAGCAGCUCCCUAGACCGGUUGCUGUCUCCCUGGCUGACCCCUCAGGGGGUCCGGUCCUUGCGACCUCCACCACUGCCCUCCCUUGUCCUGCUGUCCCGUCUGGCACGUUGUCGGGCCUCUACCUCCCCUCGUUCUCUACGAACUUGGUGGCGGGUUCCGCGCUCCAGGACGCGGGUUUUCACCAGUUCACCCCGGCCUACGAGCGUGUGACGCACUGCACGUGUGCCCGGACGGGUCGUCACCUGGCUACCUUCACUCGGCAGCCGGAGUCGGACUUGUACACACUAACCACUGAGUCCCCUCAGGUAGCUGCGUCUGCGUCUGCGUCAGGUCAGCUGUCGGCCCCCUGCUCGUGUCGCUCCCUGUCGCACAGGACUGUCCUCUGGCACCACCGCCUUGGUCACCCGUCAGUGCAGCGCCUUCGCGGCAUGCACUCCAGGUACCUUGUCUCUGGUCUUCCCAGAGUUCUCCCUCCCCUACCACCCUCGCUUGCUCCUCCCUGUCUUCCCUGUGUCGAGGGGCGGCAGCGCGCCGCUCCUCACUCCUCCUCGUUCCCUCCCACAGAGGCUCCCCUGCAGACUCUCCACCUGGACGUGUGGGGCCCCGCCCGCGUCCGGGGACAGGGCCACGAGCGGUACUUUCUGCUGGUCGUCGACGACUACACGCGCUACACCACGGUCUUCCCCUUGCGUACCAAGGGUGAGGUCCCUGAUGUCUUGAUCCCCUGGAUCCGCGCUGCUCGUCUCCAGCACCGCCAGCGGUUCCAGUCGGACUUUCCUGUUCUACGUCUGCACUCUGACAGAGGUGGCGAGUUUUCCUCUGACCUCCUGGCAGCCUACUGUGCGGAGCACGGCAUCCGCCAGACGUUCACUCUCCCGGCCUCUCCGCAGCAGAAUGGGGUUGCUGAGCGCCGCAUUGGUCUUGUCAUGGAGGUCGCUCGUACCUCCAUGAUCCAUGCGGCUACCCCCCAUUUCCUGUGGCCGUUUGCAGUGCAGUACGCCGCGCAUCAGCUCAACCUCUGGCCCCGUGUCUCUGUUCCGGAGACCUCGCCUACCCUGCGUUGGACGGGGGAGGUUGGCGACGCGUCGGUGUUCCGAGUCUGGGGAUGUCGAGCCUUUGUCCGCGAUACGUCCGCGGACAAACUCUCCUCCCGUGCGGUUCCCUGUGUCUUCCUUGGCUUUGUCCCUGACGCGCCUGGCUGGCGGUUUUACCACCCCACCUCGCGCCGUGUCUUCGCCUCUCAGGACGUCACCUUCGACGAGUCGGUACCCUUUUACCGUCUCUUCCCCUACCGCACUGCCCCGCUCCCCCCCUCGCCGCUCUUCCUCACCCCAGGUGUCCCGUCGGUAGACCCCCUCCCUCCCCAGGGUGCUGCUCCCUCAGGUGUUUCCCAGGUAGACCCGGUCGAGCCCGUCGAGGUAGCUGUUGACUCUGGUCCUGCGCGAGGUACUGAGUGUGCUGAGCCUGGUGGUGCUGGGUCUGGGGGCACUGAGACUGGGGGUGCUGAGCCUGGGGGUGCGGAGACUGGGGGUGCUGAGCCUGGGGGUGCGGAGACUUUGGGUGCUGAGCCUGGAGCCUGGUGGCGCUCCCUCUUCACAGCAGCUGCGUGA